AUGAUCCCCGGACUGAUCCCCAAAGCGAAGAAGAUUCCCAAACCGAUCACCAAAGCAGCAGCGAUGAAGAAGAAGAAUAUGAGAGAUGACCAGAAUCCUGACGAGGAAAACGUUAGUGAUCUAUUUGAUGAAGUGGAGAGCCCAAUGAUACUGCCACCAGCGUUGAAUUUGCCUGGUCCGGAAUUUGUGGCAUUUAUGUGAAGGAGCAAAAGGAACUUUUCGCACGCCCCUAUUACACGUUCCCUGAAGUCUUUUGUGAGAAGGUCAGGGACAUGCCUGUCACAGACAUCAUCGAACAUCGCAUUCCCACCCUCAGUACGGC